AUGGCCAGGGUGAAGAGCCAGGCGCGGAAGACCACCAAAAUCAUGCCGCCCAAGCGGCUGGCGUCCAGGAACACCCCAGGCUUCAAGCGCCCCAGCAGCGGCAGCAAGAAGAAGGAGGGCCCGGCGCAUCGCCAGCCCCACAGGCCUCACCGGCCGGGCGAACUGGCACUCAAGGAGAUCCGCCAGUACCAGCGGAUGGGCAAGUUUGCCACGCAGAAGCUGAUUGCGCGGGCGCCCUUCUGGCGGCUGGCACGCGAGGUGCUGGGCUCCGUCGGUUCGGGAGACAACCGGUGGAGCGUGGCGGGGGUGACGGCGCUGCAGGAGGCGGCCGAGGCGUACCUGGUGGGCCUGUUUGAGGAUGCCCAGAUGUGCGCCAUCCACGCCAAGCGGGUCACCAUCUUUGUGAAGGACAUGCAGCUGGCGCGGCGGCUGCGCGGCGACGACUGACGGCUGCCACGUCCGACCCCAGCCCAUGCCUGCUGCUUGCUGCGCGGCCUGCUGCUCAUCCACCGGGUGCUGGCAGCCCUCCGUGCCCCCAACUGUUGCCCUAUCAUGUACCACGCUGCACACUGUACGCUUGCCCUUUGCUGCAUCUUUUUCUCCCCCACCCCUUCCCAGCGCUGCAUGUUCUCGUUGCUCUCUUGCUCCUUGCUCCCCUUUACCAUGCUGCCACCGACAGGGCGGUCGCCCUCUGUUGCCAUACUUGUGCUGACUGUUUCUAUGAGGUAAUGCCCGGCAGUGGGUGGGCGCGGCAACGCCCGCGCUUUCACAUCCGCUUCGUUGUAAGCACAUGCAUCCGCC